AUUAGCUUUUGAGACUUUGGUCACUCCCGGAAUAUCAAUCAGCUGAUGUUUGCUUACGUUUUCCACGCGCUUAUGUUGUUCUCCCAAAAAAAUGUUUAAAUUCAACUUUAGUGAACAAGAAUCGUCAAUAAAUCAAGACACCCCUCGGCCCCCUGAGGCCCCUAAUCCGACAAAAAGCGAACAAUAUGUGCCAGAAAAGGACGACAACGACGUAAUAAAGGACAUUUUCACUAAUUGCGAGGAAAUCCCUUUAAGUUGCGGCAUAAAAUACUUUUCCACCGGUCAUGUAUUGGACAUAUUGCGCAGCAAUGAGGUGAGUGGCGACCCUAUAGCAGGUCUAAGUGCUGACGAACAACAUUCGGAUCUACAAAAUGGCGUCUACGAAGGAGGUUUGAAAGUGUGGGAGUGUACCUUUGACCUCAUAAACCACUUAACCGAACUGAAGUUGGACCUGAAAGGGAAAAACGUGCUGGAUUUGGGAUGCGGUGCCGGUCUCCUUGGGAUUUUGAGUUUGCACGUGGGGGCUUUACGUUGUACCUUUCAAGAUUACAAUUUGGAGGUUUUAAAGUAUGUAACUGUCCCGAACCUCAAGCUGAAUGGUGAGGAGCUUUUGGAUAGAAGUGAGUUUUACUCGGGGGAUUGGGAGUCAUUUUUCAAUCAAUUGACUCAGAAGUUUGAUUUAAUUCUCACCUCGGAGACUAUUUAUAAUAUCGAUUGUUAUGAAAAGCUUCACAGUACCUUCGAGAAGCUACUGAAGCCAGACGGAGCAAUGUAUCCUUCUCCUUUCGUCCAAACAAACCGUUACUCCCUAGAGACUUUCCUUAAUAGUUACUUUAAUAGAUAUCUUGCAGCUAAGUCCUACUAUUUUGGAGUGGGGGGAGGCAUAGCCUUAUUCGAAGACUUCUUAAGUAGGAAAAACACUUUUAAGGCCCAAAGGAGUUGGAGUUGCUCCGAGGGACUUAAGAGGGAGAUUCUCGAAAUUACUUUUAGAUAGUUUAUUGUAAUAUAAAAUGUUCAAAAUGGA